UGGGAGCUGAACCCCGAGAAGAGGCGGCUGCGCCGGCGCCUCCCCCGUGCUCCCCCCAGCGCGGCGCGCUCCUUCGUCCGAGGGGGCACUCGCCUCCCCAGGGUGACCAGGGACCCCCCGAGCGGGGGUUAGGCGAGCCCGCAGCAUGACGGAGAACUCGACCCCCGCCUCCAAGCCCAAGAAGGCGAAGGCCUCCAAGAAGCCCACGGACCACCCCAAGUAUUCGGACAUGAUCGUGGCGGCCAUCCAGGCCGAGAAGAACCGGGCCGGCUCGUCCCGCCAGUCCAUCCAGAAGUACGUCAAGAAGCACUACAAAGUGGGCGAGAAUGCGGACUCGCAGAUCAAGCUGUCCAUCAAGCGGCUGGUCACCACCGGGGUCCUCAAGCAGACCAAAGGCGUGGGUGCCUCGGGCUCGUUCCGCCUGGCCAAGGGCGACGAGCCCAAGAAGCCGGCCGUCCGGAAAGCCAAGAAGGAGGGCAAGAAGCCGGCGACCCCCCGAAGGGCGGCCAAGCCCAAGAAGGCGGCCGCGGCCAAGGCUCCGGCCAAGAAGCCCAAGGCGGCCGCCAAGAGAGUGAAGAAGAAAGCGGCGGCCGCCCCGAAGAAGGCCAGGAAGCCCAAGAGCGUCAAGGCCAAGCCGGUCAAGGCGGCCAAGCCUAAGAAGGCCAAGCCGGCCAAGCCCAAGGCCAAGUCGAGCGCCAAGAAGCCGGCCAAGAAGAAGUGAGCGCCGGCCCGGACGCUUGCGGCGCCUCCCCCUGUAAAUAGUCCUCCCCCGACCCCGACCCCCUUUCUACCGCGACUUUCUAAGAGACGGAACUUUUCUCCCUCGGCGAUUGUCCCAGGAGUCGUAUGUUCUUAACCAAUCGGCCAAGAACAGUCCCGACUGCCCAUCUCCGUAAUCACGAGACUGUCCUCCGGUUUUGUUUGUUAACUUGUUUUUAAGACCUUUCUGGUGUCACGGAUUUUAAGUUUGGGGGGGGGGUGUUUUGUAUAAAGUACUUUUU